AUGUAUGCUGUCCACCUCAGCAGUGGCCACUCCAUCCAAUGCAAGUCCAUCAAGGCAUCGACCAUUGACCAGUACCUUUUGGCUGCCUCCUCUCUGAUCCGCUGCUUCACGCAACAGGACUACAGGAAGGACAAAUUGGGAGACCGAACCAUGGGUGCAUAUCUGUCUGGUGUCAUGCGUGAUAUCAGGAGGUAUGAGACUAUGGCUGAUCGCAGAGAGCCCUAUGACCACCGCAUGCAUGCCCUUGCCUGCAAGGUGGCCGCCAAGUUUCCUAUUAUCAGCUUGGUAUGCUGUCUCACUGAUGGCUUUGAGCAGGGAUUGUGUACUGGGUAUCGACUUACUGAAUGGGCUCAGCCUGCCGGCAAAACCAAUGUUCUAUCUCCACAUGGCAAUGGGCGGACUGGACCCGAGUGCAAAACUCGGGCUGUAAUUCCCAACGACAUUCGGGCUGUUGGCCUAUGUGGUGUGAUGCACCCGGGUUUGUCGCCUGCCUCCACUCCACUCUCCGUCUACUGGAACCCCAAAAGCCGACACGCUAAGCUUGUUGAUGGCUCUGCCAUUGAGAAGUUUAUGCGUCGUCUGGCUGCAGCGGUGUACAAUUUGCACCCACUCCAUGAUAAAGCUGACCUCAGCAAGUGGAGCUCGCACUCCCUUCGUGUUGGUGCCCGCGUCAUUCUGCACAUCAUGGGAUUUUCUGACCGUGACAUCCAAUGGAUCCUCCGUUGGAAAUCCAUGUCAUUUGUCAUGUAUUUCCGCAAUGUGGCCAUUCUAUCUAGACGGCAAAACGCGGCCUUUGACCGACUCCAGGCUUUGCCUCGGCUAUAA